ACCGACUCUAAAAAUCGCAAUCCUUUAUUUGGUGUUUCAAAUGAAAAUGAUUUUUGAAUUUUGACUAGAAGAAGUGGUUGAAAUUAAGGUUACAUUUCUAUGUGAUGUGGAUAUCACAUUUCUCUGGAUCAAAACGGCAAGACGAUCACAGCUGGCAAACAUGUUUUCCACGAAGGAUCCAACUAAUGACUUAAUUCGAUCGUUAAAACCAACCAGGAACAGUGCUUAUGGUAAUUAGUGGUGAUGGCGAAGGGUAUUUGGGUAAUCUCACACGUAAAGCAACCCACCAUGUUUCUUUCACAGACGUACUGUGCUUUCUCUCCUUCGAGUAUAUAACUCGAUUAGCCUCCUCACUUGCCCUCCCUUUUCUCUCCCUCUCUUCUCAAAUUCUCACUAUUUUCUUCCUUCGUCCCUAAGAAACCUCCGCUCACCGGAGCCGCCUCCACCUCCGAUGGACCACAAACCGCUUCGACACGACGUUGUUUCGCAUCAAUCCACGACCGAUUCCAUGAAGCGAAGCAACUCCGAGCUGGACUUUCAGGAGUUCGUCCGGCUCCCGAUCUCUCCUGUUGCGGUCGACAACGGAGCUCCGACCUCCAAGCCCGAAAUUCGGUCUCCGAAAGCCAGGACUUUCCCGGAACCGGUUGUGCUUUUCGGCGUCGACGAGGACAAAACCUUUGAGGAUGUUUGCGCCGGCGAUUUCAGCUUCGCUCUCAAGUAUGGGGACGCAAUGACUGGCUUUUCAGGUUGUGGGGGACUCACGGAUCUUCCCUGGUAUCAAAACCCCACCCCCAGGAAUUCCAGUGUGACAGCUACCAUUGAUUCCCAGUCCUCCAUCUGUGUUGGAACUCCAACUUCAUGUAAUAAGGCUUUGGGCACAGAAAAUCAAGCAAGGGGGGCGACCAGUGGUUCUUCCAGGGAGCUAUCAGAUGAUGAAGACAUCGACACAGAGUCUGGUCCAUGUGAGGAGAGCACAGAUCCUAAUAAUUUGAAGCGCAUGAGAAGGAUGGUUUCGAACCGGGAAUCUGCCAGGAGAUCAAGAAAAAGAAAGCAAGCCCACUUGGCUGAUCUUGAGUUGCAGGUUGAACAACUGAGAGGAGAAAAUGCAUCUCUAUACAAGCAGCUAACUGACGCUAGUCAACAGUUCGGUGACGCCAAUACAAAUAACAGAGUACUUAAAUCGGAUGUUGAAGCUCUGAGAGCUAAGGUGGAGUUAGUUGAAGGCAUGGUUGCUCGAGGCUCCGUCACCAGUAGCCUGAACCAUAUCCUUCAAACCCAUUUGAGCUCACCCCAACUCCUCAGUACUCAUAAUCUCUGCCGGGUGGCUAAUGUCUCACCAACAAUCACUGUCCGUGGAGACGACGCCUCAUAUUCUGGAAUGACAAUUUCUGGGCAUAAUUCAGCCGCUCUUGGACUUGAAAAUGCUGAAAUCCGCAAUAGCGAAAUCAAGAACAGAGUUAUGAGUGAUGGUGUGAGCUGUGCUUCAGAGAUUUGGCCUUGAAAAUCUCCUCCUUUCUUCACUGCAUCCAUGACUACAGCCCAUGUCUGUAUGCCCUGGAGCAAUUCCUUUAGCUAUUAUGUAAGAAGAUGUUUCUUUUUUAUUUUUCUUUUUAAUCCUGUGUUUUAAACUAAGAAUAUUUGGUGGGGUACAGAAACUUGGUUGCUUUAGUAAAUCUUAGAAAAACUUCUAACAAAA